ACCCCCGGCCCCCGCUUUCCUUCCUUUCCAUUUCCCCUUCACCCAACCCAACGCCCCCGAAAAGCACCAGAAAACACGCCCGCAGCCUUCCGCGCUGCCGUUCCGCGGCUCCACUUCUCUCUUCUCCCCCUCUUCUCUUCUUCGGAUCCCCUUUUGCAGUUCUCCCCCUCCGCCUCGCCCCGGCCGGCGGACGCGACGGCUCGGCCUGAAUGGGGUACCUCUCCUGCAAGGCGGACUCGUCCGUGGCCACGUGCCGCUCCCUCACGGCCAUCUCGCCGCUCCCCAUCUCGCGCCGCUCUGGAAGGGGCGGCACCAGACCCAGGCGGCCCAGGCCCGCGGCGCUGCCUCCAGCCGCCGCCGCGCCGGAGAUCGAGCGCUUCGCGUACGACGACCUGGAGGCCGCCACGUCCCACUUCGCCGACGCCGCGCUGCUCGGGAGGGGCAGCCACGGGGCGGUCUACAAGGCCGUGCUCCCCUGCGGCCGCGCCGUCGCCGUCAAGCGCCCGUCCCCUCGCCGCGCCGAGGUGGACAACGAGAUCCGCAUCCUCUCCUCCGUCCGCGGGCCGCGCCUCGUCAACCUCCUCGGCUACUCCGACUCCGGCCCGGACCCGCACCGCCGCCCGCGCCUGCUCGUCGUCGAGUACAUGCCCAACGGCACGCUCUACGACCUGCUCCACUCCAACCCUCGCCCCCCCGGCUGGCCCCGCCGCGUCCGCCUCGCGCUGCAGACGGCCAGGGCGCUGCGGGCGCUCCACGACGCCGCGCCCGCGGUCAUCCACCGGGACGUCAAGUCCGCAAACGUCCUCCUGGACGCCAACCUCGACGCGCACCUCGGCGACUUCGGACUCGCCCUCCGCGUGCCCAACGCCGCCGGCAAUGCCGCUACGCAGGCGCCGGCCGGGACGCUGGGUUACCUUGACCCGGCCUACGUGACGCCGGAGAGCCUCAGCACCAAGACCGACGUGUUCAGCUUCGGGAUCCUGCUGCUGGAGAUCAUGAGCGGACGCAAGGCCAUCGACGUCCAGUACUCUCCGCCCUCCGUGGUCGAGUGGGCCGUGCCCCUGCUACGGAAGGGGAAGGUGGUUGCGCUCUUCGACCCACGGGUGGCGCCGCCCCGCGACCCAGUCACUCGGAGGGACCUGGCUGCGCUAGCCGCAAGCUGUGUGAGGUCUUGCCGGGAGCGACGGCCUUCGAUGGCUGACAUUGUUGAGCGGCUCAUUGUCCUCAGCAAGGCGGUGUCUGCCAAGGUGUGGAACGGGAUGGCAGUGGUCGGGAACCCUUGCGCCAUCGUUGAUGUUCAGAAAACCAUCUCAAAGCGAGCUGCUGCAUCAGAGAGGGAAUCGACUUCAGCACUAGCAUUUGAUGAUGAUGAAAAGGAGUCAGAUGCAGCCUUGGAGGAGCUGGUGCCAUUGGUGGGUGCCAGGAAGCCACCGCGGCCAUUGAACAAUGGAAGGGUUUUCUCAGAGGCAGGGGAUCGAGAGAGGAGAAAUCUCUUGGAGCUGAUGGCUCGGAUUGAUGGUGUCGCUGGCAAAAGAUUUGGCAUCACUCGGGCAAGAACAGUGCGUGCCACUAGUGAUCUUAUUGAAAAGGAUGCGGUGUUGAUUCUGAGGAGAAACCAAACUGUAAGAGUAGUUGAAUCCGAGUCACUUGGUAAAGCUGAAAGGGUUUUACGUUUGGAUGCAAAAAUCAAGCAUAAAGCGGGGAAGGAACAAGAGAAAACAGGUAAAAUUGAAGAGAAAGCAGAUGAAGUCCGAGAGAAGGCAGAGAAAAUCCAAGAGAAUGAAGGGAAAAUGGAAGAAAAGGUACGGGAAAUCCUACACAAAGCAGAAAAUAUUCAAGAAAAGUCAGGGCAAAUCCUUGACAAAACUGAGAAAAUCCAGGACACGCCAAAGGAAAUCAAAGAGAACGCGGAGGUAGUCCAACUCAAUGCAGAGAAUAUUCAAGACAAAUCAGAGAAAAUCCAAUGCAAGAUGGGAGAAAGUUAAAACUAUACAACAGUUGUCAAUGCAUUACUGUUGGCAGCCGAUUUCAGAGACAAAGAUGAUGAGAUACAGAUCUUAUUCCUCUGGUGCUGUGAUGGUAAUAUCUGUUCUAUCUAAAUAGAAUGGCAUGGUUGUGAUGAUUUGGCAGUAAAGAUCUUGAAUUCAUAUCCUAGCUAUGUGAUCCAUGGUUUUGGAACGUUGGUGCUUUGCUGGCAAUUUCAUGAAGGUCACAACUCACAAAGUAGCUGUGAUGUCCAAACUCUUAAGUCUGAACAAAAAGAACACAGUUCGGUAGGUCAUCAGAUCAUAUGGCGCUCUGGUUGUGUUAAUGCCACUCACAUUCCAUGAUAGCGGCUGGAGUGGGUAUUAAGAGAGAAAUUAUUUUGGCAUUUCCAUCUUGAAAAGGUACAUCAAGAACUGCUACCACGUUAUACUCUUACUCCUCCAUGUGCUAGACGUGCUAUAGUGUUAUACUGCCAUUGGCACUGCUUCAUUUGAUUGCCUGUGUUGAAGAAAACCUCUACCAAGGAUGAGCAGCUGUCCAUUUUGUUGUUAGUUUAAAUCUCAGUUAUCACACUGUCCAAAACAAUCCAGGCAUGGUAUUCAUUCUCCCUCUUGCUCCAGAGGCAUUCUCUUCAGUUUUCGCAGAUGCAGCAGGCACAAAUGUAACUGCAAGUGUUUUGUUUGUUUGCUUUGAAGAGCACCAAUAGGUCGGCAAGAGUCCUGUUCAGACAGAUUUCGAUUGGGCGCCUCAUUCUCAUCUAUAUUUUGAAUGGUGCAUUCAUUGCCAAUAUCAUUCAUCACAUGGACUCUGGAACAACUGGGCAUUGCCGUCCUUGCAUAUGAAUGUUGUCCCCAGAGGCCUGCGUCAUCACGUCGACUCAAUGCACUCUCUUAAUAUGACAUGGUAGGACAUUUCUGCGAUUUAAGUUCUCAGAAAAUAUGGCGGAAAUGGCCACUCUGUUGUGGUUUAUUCCUUUGUUCAUUGAAGGGUGAGUGAAGGGGAAAAAAAAUUCUUGGUAAGCCAGCAGAAGGGGGAUACUGACAUGAUCUGCCCGAGAGCUCCAGAUUGUGAACAUCACAGUAUAUUCGCUUGAUUUAAAUCUGCAUCUCGUUCAAAAUGGCAAUGGAUUAGGAGUGCGGUACAGUAGUAGGUAAGAGUGAACAUGGGAAGCAGAUGCGUGGUACUCUGACCCAUAACACUGUAUACAUGAUACCCUUUGUUUCAUCUUUCAUGGAGGACAAUGCAUGCUGGCGGUAGGUAUUGCAAAUGUAAAUAUGCCGCGGUGUUGAAUCCAGGAAAAUCAAAGCAAAGGAGUAUGAAAAACACAAGAGUUAAAUGACUUGUCCUUUUGAGAUUUUGCAUGAACCGCACAAAAACAAGCUUCGAAAGUGUAAUGCACUUGCACUUCAAACAAAUACGAGGAAAAUCCUCAUGUUAACCUGGCAUAGAGCGUGAGUACGCUACAAGGCUACAGCCAAGUCGGCAUCAUCAAGAAACUAGACAAGUGGGCAAUAACACAAGCAUUUCCUGCAGCAAUCCACAAUCUGACAAUCUCAAAUAUGGUCGAAGAUUGAUCCCUGAUUGAGUGAUUGAUUGCCUCCAUACCUUAUCAUGUAUAUACUCGUACGGACAUUUGAUCAUGCAGGAACUGACCCACUCAGAUAAUUAGUUAUCGUUAAAAAAAUCUUGAAAACAGUAUGUAACCACCAUUUCAAAUGAUAUAUCCGGAAUCAUUCUCGUA